AUGAGACUCUCGGCGGCCUGGACGGCGCUGGCGUUCCUCCUGCUCCACGGAGCGGCAAGAGCCUGCACAGCGAAGAAGGCCGGCGGCAGCACCGGGAGGUUUGCCAACGCCACCUUAGUGCGACUCUCUGACUUUCUGAGCGGCGGUUACAAGAAAGGUGUGAGGCCGGUGAAGGACUGGAGGACGUCCACCAUCGUGGCCAUAGACCUCAUGGUUUACUCCAUCCUCAGUGUGGAUGAGAAAAACCAGGUUUUGACCACAUACGUGUGGUACAGACAGUCGUGGACCGAUGAGUUCCUGGUGUGGAAUCCAGAAGACUUUGAUGAAGUCAAGCAGGUUUCGAUCCCGACAGCUAACGUCUGGGUUCCCGACAUCCUCAUCAACGAGUUCGUGGACGUGGGCAAGUCUCCGGACAUCCCGUACGUCUACGUGACUCACGAUGGACUCGUACGCAACUACAAGCCCAUCCAGGUGGUCACGGCCUGCACGCUGAACAUCUACAACUUCCCGUUUGACGUCCAGAAAUGCAGCCUCACCUUCCAGAGCUGGCUGCACACCAUUGACGACAUCAACAUCACCCUGAUGCGAAGCCCCGAGGAGCUCCGGGAGGACAAGAGCGUCUUCAUGAACCAGGGCGAGUGGGAGCUGCUCCACAUCCUGUCCGACUACAAGAUCUUCAGCGUGGACAACGACGACUACUACGCCGAGAUGAAGUUCCACGUGGUGAUCCGGCGCCGGCCGCUCUUCUACACCGUGAACCUGCUGCUGCCCAGCAUCUUCCUGAUGGUGAUGGACAUCGUGGGCUUCUACCUGCCUCCGGACAGCGGAGAGAGAGUCUCCUUCAAGAUCACGCUGCUGCUCGGCUACUCGGUCUUCCUCAUCAUCGUGUCCGACACGCUGCCCGCCACCGCCAUAGGAACUCCUCUGAUAGGUGUGUACUUCGUGGUCUGCAUGGCCCUCCUGGUCAUCAGCCUGACCGAAACGGUGCUGAUCGUGCGUCUGGUCCACAAGCAGGACCUGCAGCCUCCCGUGCCCCACUGGGUCAAGUAUCUGGUGCUGGAAAGAGCUCCGGUUCUCUUCUGCAUCCACAAGAAGCACCGGCUGUGCUCCAGGCUGUCGUCCCAGGCCUCCGACCUGGAGCACUACAAGGACACCAGCUAUGGGACCGCUCAGUGCUCGCUGCACCACACCUGUGAAAUCGGCCGGAGGCUCAGCCAGCACGACCGGGAAGCCGGCCUGCUCGGCCUGCACCUGCCCCCCUCCAGGGACAGCAGCCCGCCCGUCAUGGACAACAUCCUGCAGGAGGUGACGGCCAUACGCCACUUCCUGGAGAAGAGGGACCGAUGUCGGGAAGUGGCCAAGGAGUGGCUCCAAGUUGGCUACGUGCUGGACGUGCUGCUCUUCAGGGUCUACUUAGUGGCCAUGGUGGCGUACAGCAUCACUCUGGGCACUCUGUGGUCAGUCUGGCAGGUCGCCUGA